AAGAGUGUACCUGUCCAAGCCGUGGGCUGCCAGCUUCUCCAGGAGAAUACUGUGGGAGACAGUGUCAAAGGCUUUGCUGAAGUCUAGUAGACCACAUCAACAGCCUUUCCCUCUUCCAGAAGUCGGUUCACUCGAUCACGGACGGAGAUCAGGCACAAGAGGUUGUAAACUUAAAGAGCGAACAUGGGUGAAAAGAAGCCAGAGCCUUUGGACUUUGUAAAAGAUUUCCAGGAAUAUCUUACACAGCAGACUCACCAUGUAAAUAUGAUUUCUGGAUCUGUUAGUGGAGACAAGGAAGCAGAGACUCUUCAGGGUGCUGGAACUGAAAGUGAUCAGAAUGGUCUGGAUCAUCCUUCUGUUGAAGUUUCACUGGAUGAAAACUCAGGAAUGUUAGUGGAUGGAUUUGAAAGGACAUUUGAUGGAAAAUUAAAGUGUCGCUACUGCAACUAUGCCAGCAAAGGAACAGCAAGGCUCAUAGAACAUAUCAGAAUCCACACAGGUGAGAAGCCGCACAGAUGCCAUUUGUGUCCCUUUGCAUCCGCUUACGAACGUCAUCUGGAAGCUCACAUGCGAUCACAUACUGGUGAAAAACCAUACAAAUGUGAAUUGUGUUCCUUCCGCUGCAGUGACAGAAGCAACUUAUCUCACCACCGGAGGCGUAAACAUAAAAUGGUGCCUAUCAAGGGUACGAGGUCUUCCCUAAGUAGCAAGAAAAUGUGGGGGGUUCUGCAGAAGAAGACCAGCAACUUGGGGUUCAGCAGAAGAGCAUUAAUUAAUUUGAGUCCACCUUCCAUGGUGGUUCAUAAACCAGACUACCUUAAUGAUUUCACUCACGAAAUCCCAAAUAUCCAGACUGAAGCUUAUGAGAGCAUGACUAAAUCGUCCCAGACCGGUGGGUUGCCAAGGGAUCCGCAAGACCUCAUGGUCGAUAAUCCUUUAAACCAGCUAUCGACGUUAGCCGGACAGUUAUCUAGCUUGCCACCUGAAAACCAAAAUCCAUCCUCUCCUGAUGUCGUUACCUGCCAAGAUGAAAAGCCUUUCAUGAUGCAGCAGCCUGCUACGCCCGCUGUAGGUUCCUCUGUGUCGGCGAGUAUUGCUCAGAGUUCAUCUCCAACCAGCCCGGAUCCUCGGCCUGCGCACAACCCGAGGAACUACAGCCCGGUGGCAGGGCCAAGCAGCGACCGCAGCGCCCACACCAGUACUCCCAGCAUAAGUAACAGUCAGCCAAGCACUCCAGCUCCCACCCUCCCGGUUCAGGACCCCCAGCUUCUGCAUCACUGCCAGCACUGUGACAUGUAUUUUGCGGACAAUAUCCUUUAUACUAUUCACAUGGGAUGUCACGGGUUUGAAAAUCCCUUUCAGUGCAACAUAUGUGGGUGCAAGUGUAAAAAUAAGUAUGACUUCGCUUGCCAUUUUGCGAGAGGUCAACAUAGCCAACAUUGAGAACGUGCUUUCUUUUAGUUUUUUAACAUAUUGCAAUAUAUUUUUCAUACUUCCUGAAGGAAAAGCUUGCACAUUCCAGUAAGGAAAAUUUGCGUUAAAGAGUUGGACAAGGGAGGCAAAUUUAUUUCUACGUUGUCAUAAAACUUGCCAGGGAAAUUUUGUAUAAGAUGUGGCGGUUGUUUUAUAUGUAGCCUUUAAAAGGAGAAAGAAAACAAACAGAGGAAACAACACGCUGAAAGUAUUGUAAGAAUUGGAAUGCGUUAAGAGGUCUUGGUUGCUAAAUUUCAGUUGCUUGCACUUAAAAUCCCAAGAAACGUUACAGAUGUAGAAACAGGGUGUCCUGACACAUAGAAUGCAACUAUCAGGUUAUUUAUUAGGUAGGAUAAAAUAUGUUAAGGGUGAACUAUGAAAGUUUACUGCAGAGACAGAUGCGGUUGCUUUGGAGACCUGUCCUUAAAAGCUUAGCUACUAUCAAAAAAAAACCCUCAUAAACAGAAGCAACUUUUGCAUACGAAUUCGAUUCGAUUUUAAAGCUCACUUUAAACUGAUGAGGUUAAUAUGUUUUUGCUUGGUAUAGCCCAAACUCAAACACUAAUUUAACAUUCUGGUUAAGAUUCAUCACAAAACUAGAAGAUGAGAGGUUACUGUGAGUGAAACUCUGGUAGGGAAAUAAAUAAGUUCAGAGCCUGCCAUUCACUGCUUAUAAAAA